AGUCCAUCCUCCACAUCAAAUUGCACUGCUAAUUUCUCUGCUUCUUCCUUUCUUCCUCAUUGUCAAAACUUAGACCAAUUUCUAAAUGAAGAAAGUGGUGGUGAAAUUGGAUUUGCACGAUGAAAAAGCAAAGCAGAAGGCCAUGAAAUCGGUUUCUAGCCUGCCAGGUAUUGAUUCGAUCUCGAUGGACAUGAAGGAGAAGAAACUGACUGUAGUGGGAGACAUAGACCCUGUGAGUGUGGUGAGCAAAUUGAGAAAAAGUUGGCACACAGAAAUUGUAACUGUUGGGCCGGCAAAAGAGCCUGAGAAGAAGAAAGAAGAAGAGAAGAAAGAUGAUAACAAGAAGAAAGAUGAUGAGAAGAAGAAAGAUCCAAAUCAACAAAUUGAAGAGCUUGUCAAACUCUACAAAGCACACAAUCCUCACAUGACCACAUACUAUUAUGUUCAGAGUGCUGAAGAAAACCCUAAUGCUUGUGCUAUUUCUUGACUCACACUCAUCAAACCUUUCUGUAAAUUAUAUUUUCGGAAAUAAAUCAAUUCAUCUUUGAAUUCUGCGAAUAUUCAUCAUUAUUCUGAUAUGUCAUACACCGCUUUAGAAAAUUCUGUCAAUUAAAA